AUUCAAAAUGACUGGUCGUGGAAAAGGUGGUAAAGGUCUCGGAAAGGGUGGUGCCAAGCGUCACAGAAAGAUUCUUCGUGAUAACAUUCAAGGUAUUACCAAGCCUGCUAUUCGUCGUCUUGCCCGUCGUGGUGGUGUCAAGCGUAUCUCUGGUUUAAUCUACGAAGAAACCCGUGGUGUCCUCAAGGUCUUCCUUGAAAACGUUAUCCGUGAUGCCGUUACUUACACUGAACAUGCCAAGAGAAAGACUGUUACUUCUUUGGAUGUCGUCUAUGCUUUGAAGAGACAAGGCCGUACUCUCUACGGUUUUGGCGGUUAAAUUAUCCAUUUUAUCUUUCCAAUGAUAUCCUCACUAUUUCUAUAACUGAUUGGAAGAGCCCUCUCCUAAUAAUUCUUUAUGAUUAUUUAUACGCAACACAAAUAACAACCAAACUACAAUAUAAAGGAUGCCAACUUUAUAUCAUUCCCCUCCUCCUUUUUUUUUUCCGCCUAAUAUUCUUUUUUUUUAAACUCUCCUGUAAAUAAAAUAAUAAUGACUCUUUGAAGUACAUGAA